AUAUGAACAGAGCCGGGCAGAGCCCGCAGCAGCACCACUGGUUAGGCCACGGCUCCCCAGCUCCGUGGGAGCAGAUUGAAGCGUUUGCUUCUCUCACCAACCCCACUGUGACUUCCCAGUGCUUUGGGAGCCACGGCUCCCGCACCAACAGGUUUUGAAGGAUUGGCAUUGCUGCUGCGUCCGGGAGCAGCUCAGCAGACGCUGUUUUCCUCUUUUCUCUUCCUGCUCCAUUUCCUACGAUGGGUUUGUUGCAAAAGAUUCUCAUCCCCGUUUUGGGACUGGUUUUGGCCUUCUGUUUUUAUUCGUCGAGGGAGAAUUUCAAACCUGAGAUGCUGAAAGGGAAGCGUGUGAUCGUCACGGGAGCGAGCACCGGCAUCGGGGAGCAGAUGGUGUAUCACCUGGCACGGAUGGGAGCCCACGUCCUGGUCACGGCGCGGACGGAGGCAAAGCUGCAGCAAGUGGUGGAGCGGUGCCGGGCGCUGGGGGCCAGCUCAGCACGGCUGGUCAGCGGCAGCAUGGAGGACAUGGCCACCACCCGGCAGCUGGUGGAGGUGGCCGAGGCUGAACUGGGAGGCCUCGACAUGCUGAUUCUUAACCACGUUGGCAAGUCGUACUUCAAUUACUUUGAUGGGGAUGUUGGACACGUCCAGAAGCUCCUGAACAUCAACUUCCUGAGCUAUGUAGCCAUGACAGUCUCUGCCCUGCCCAUGCUGAAGCGGAGCGGGGGUAGCAUCGUGGUGGUCUCCUCCAUGGCAGGUAAAGUUGGGUUUCCCUUUACGGUCCCUUACUCUGCAACUAAGUUUGCCCUGGAUGGAUUUUUCAGCUCCCUGAGGCAGGAAUUCAGCAUCCAGAGCGUUAACGUUUCCAUCACACUCUGCAUCCUUGGCUUCAUUGACACUGGUAAGCUCCAUCCGUGCCAUCUGGCUGCCCAGAAACUGAGCAUCACAUGCCCAGCUUUGUGCCCUCCCCUCCUGUGCCCCCACCUCCAGUGCUGCUUUUCCUGCUGUAGUGGGAGUGAGUGCAGCAUCACCUCUGCUCUCAGCAGGCUCCUACCUCUCUUCCACCAAAAAACAGACUCCAGACUGAUUUGUUUCCCUGUGCUGUGCUCAGAGAACGCCAUGCGUGCGGCCGCCGACGUUCUCCUGAUGUCCCCGGCUCCCAAAGAGGAAUGCGCCCUGGAGAUCAUCAAAGGAGGAACCCUGCGUCAGCGCGAGGUCUAUUACCGCUACGCAUCCACCAAACUGCCGCUGCUGCUGCGGGAUUGGGCCGCCGAACUGCUGGACCUGCUGGUGCGGCAGCGGUACCGACCCGAGCGGCUGCGGGCGGCCUGAGGGAUGCCACCGCCGGGCCGACAGCCGCCUCUGCUGGCCGCAGCCGUGCUUGCAGCCCUCCCUCGUCAGUUAAGCUUUAAUAACCGCCUCGCCCCCGAGAGGAGCCGGCUGGGAUCCCCGGCUGAGCUGCGGAUUCCUGCAGGUGCGCCCUUCCUGCUUGGAAGCCGUCCUGAUUGGAGCCUUUCCCCAAAGCUGGGGAAAGUAGUAACUAAGUGUUAAGUGCAGCUUACUAACCUUGUUGUGUGCUCUGUGGAUUUUUGUUGUUGUUUUGGUUUUAAUCUCUUUUUCCAUUACUAAACGCUGCUGCGAAUGGGCAUCGUUCCACGGACCCGCCUUUCUUUAAUUAUUGAAUGCUGCAAUAAACCAUUAUCUCAUUGGAA